UAAUCUGUAAGACGAAAGAUUAGAAUAGAAUUUCUUUGUUAUGGACUUGUUAGAUAAGUAAUUUUAGAGAUGCUCUGUGAUACCUGCACGUCCGUUGGUACAUUGCAGAUACAUCGAAAGGAUCGUAGAAUAUGUCUGCAACUGUCCCACCACAGACAGACCACAAGACGAAGUGCACAACUGUGCAGUAUCUAUCAUGGGAAUCACGUAGCGUCAUCCAAGAGCGUGAAUCAAUGACCCGAAGAUAAUAUGUGUAAGAUGGACGUACAAAAAUGUUAUAGAAAAAGGAAGACGUGCGAGGUGAUAGAAAUCUGAUUGGCAUUCGCGAAAAAUUGAUUGUAAUAAAGGAAUCAUCGUAGAGAUAGACGGUGGCGAUCAUAAAAUUGGUGAUUAAGGGUGCGCUCAGGAUGCUGUAUAAUCUCACGAAGAUCGAGAGGAUUCGAGUCGCGUUGAGAGCGUACUGGAGUUCAACCAGCUGAGGAUGUCGGAGCAAAACGGGCCUGGCGAUGGCCCGGGACCUGGUCCAGGCUGGUGGCCGUCAACACAAUCCUGGAAGUCGUCUGGUUCCGUCGGAUCAAAUUCGUCGUCGUCUUCUACCUCCGGUACGAGCGGCGGCACCACUUCCGUUUCUGCCUCCUGCGCCACCGCCGCCGCCACCGCACCCACCACCGGAUCGGCCUCGUCAGUCUCACCGACGUCCUCCUCCACCUGCUGUUCCUCCUCAUCCAUCGGCAAUUCUACGAUGACUACUACUCGUUCUACAGAGGCAGGGAAGAACGUUUCCGUAACUGCGAUCAAUGUCCCACCUACUCAUGAAAUGCAUGACGGUAAAGGCAUCUGUAAGUAUUUAGGAGGUCAAAAUGGCGUGACGGUGUCCGUAGUUUCAAAUUGCGGCUCGGUACUCGGCUGUGCAAGUAGUACCAGCAGCGUGGGCUCGCAUGGCAUCGGUAUUGGUAUUCUCGGUUCAAAUGCCACGGAUAUCGACGACGCGGACGACAGCGACGGUGAAAUAAGCAAGAUCGACUUCCGUGGUGUCAAUCUGCGAACCAAGAAGAAACGAGAUAUCUCCGUAAAUCAGAGCGGUGAGAAAAUCGGCGAUUGCGAUGGCGAAGGUGAAAGCGGAGCUUGCGACGGUAACGAUACGUCCCAACAGCAACAACCAGAGAGACCUAUGUCAUGGGAAGGAGAGCUCUCCGAUCAAGAGAUGUCUUCGAACACCCUCACUAAUCAGGAUCAACAUGAGGAAACGUCGAUGGAGGGUGUUCAGGUUUGCGGUGCCAGUCCCGGACCCGUAGAGCAAAAGUUUCCAAUAAAGCCAGAGCCAGACUUUCGGUCGAGUCCAGGAUAUACGCUUGGCUCCUUUCAUGAUGGAAAUUUGUCUUUAAGUCACAACCAACAAUUACAACAACAACGUGGUAUCGAAAAUCUUGAACAAACGCAACAGAGCGACCUACCUCUUCUCGUGGGAAAAUUACUUGGUGGGUACAACAGUUCCACUCCAAAUCACAGUCCUGUUCUUAAUCCAAGACAUCAUUUGACCAAGCACAGUCACACGCGAUCGCAGGUACCAUCACCGGAUUCCGCGAUUCAUUCUGCCUACAGUGUCUUCAGUUCUCCAACCCAAAGUCCUCAUGCUGCAAGACACUCUGCCUUAGGAGCAGGAAGCCCAAUUCCUUCUUCCUCGCUCUCCUUAUCUCGACAUAGCUUCAAUAAUUCAACGUCCUCCUUAUCACUCUCCCUCUCUCAUUCGCUCUCGCGUAAUAAUUCAGACGCUUCGAGCAGCUGUUACAGUUAUGGCUCUUUGAGUCCACCUACGCAUUCUCCCGUCCAACAGCCUCGACAUCCGCACGCUCACUCGCAACAUCAGCAUCAGCAAGUAGCACAAGGUAGUCCUUUGCAUCUUCCAACGGCUGCUGCUUCGGCCGUGAGCGCGCACCAUUAUUCCUCUUCCGCACCAGGAUCAGAGCUUUCAUCGGAUGGACAUCCUGGAACGGAAGAUCAAGAAGACUGUAGAAUACCUGCUGCACCAUCGGGUAUCUCCACACGACAGCAGUUAAUUAAUAGCCCCUGUCCGAUCUGCGGUGAUAAGAUCAGUGGAUUUCAUUAUGGUAUCUUCUCGUGUGAAUCGUGCAAGGGCUUCUUCAAGAGGACCGUCCAGAACCGCAAAAACUAUGUGUGCCUUAGGGGUGCAGGUUGUCCCGUUACCGUUGCCACAAGAAAGAAAUGCCCUGCUUGUCGAUUCGACAAAUGCCUCAAUAUGGGAAUGAAACUCGAAGCGAUCAGAGAGGAUCGUACCAGAGGUGGUAGGAGCACUUAUCAGUGUACAUAUACUUUACCGGCAAAUCUCGUCGGUAGUCCUGCGAACAAUAUGGCGGCAGGUGAUAAAAUGAAUGCUGCUGGUAACUGUAGUCCUGCACCGCCCGGUAGCGAACAUCAUUAUUCCGUUAGACAUCAUUCGAAUCAUUCGUAUAAAGUACAAGUAGUACCACAGCUUUUGCAGGACAUCAUGGAUGUUGAACAUCUUUGGCAUUACAAUGACAGUGAUCGUAUAACUGGUAUUCAAUCUGGUGUGAUAACUUCGGGUGGAACUAGGAGCGCUCCUGGCAGUGACAUGUUGUUAGGAAGCGGAAACGGUGGAGGAGCAGGUGCUCCUGCCGGUCGAAGUGGAUCCGCUACCAAUGGGUCUGGUACCGAUUGUCCCACCAACGGACAUGGUAGUAACAAUAUUAAUAGCAGAAGGGAAGAUAACACAACAAGACCCUGUUCAACAGGCUCAGCUUCCACCGGUAGCCACGAACAAUUGUCCGCUAACACUGGUAACGUUGGCAACUGUAAUUCCCAAAUGUGCGGAAAUUCUAAUGGCAAUCCAUCGCAACAUCCGGACUUUCUUUCGAAUCUUUGCAAUAUUGCCGAUCAUCGUUUAUAUAAGAUAGUUAAAUGGUGUAAGAGUUUGCCACUUUUCAAAAAUAUUUCAAUCGAUGAUCAGAUCUGUCUACUGAUCAAUUCAUGGUGCGAGUUGCUGCUUUUCUCUUGUUGUUUCCGUAGUAUGAGCACUCCUGGUGAAAUAAGGGUAUCUCUCGGCAAGUCGAUCACGUUAGAGCAAGCAAGACAACUCGGUUUAGCGACUUGCAUCGAGAGGAUGCUCGCUUUCACCAAUAAUUUGAGAAGGCUAAGGGUGGAUCAAUACGAAUACGUAGCGAUGAAGGUUAUAGUGUUACUUACGUCCGACACCAGUGAAUUAAAAGAACCCGAGAAAGUUAGAGCUUCUCAAGAAAAAGCUUUACAGGCACUUCAACAAUAUACUAUUGCCAGGUAUCCAGAAAUGCCUGCCAAAUUUGGUGAACUAUUAUUGAGGAUUCCAGAUUUACAAAGAACGUGUCAGGCAGGCAAGGAAUUAUUGAGUGCAAAACGUGCGGAAGGAGAAGGCAGCUCGUUCAACCUAUUAAUGGAAUUACUGAGAGGUGAUCAUUAAAACCACAUCGCCGGGACAGUGAACAAUGCCAUUCCAUGCUUAUAGGGUCCAUAAGCUUAGGGAAUUGGAUUCGCUAAGUAAUUAGAAAAAAAGCUGUUAAACUAGUACCAGAUGACUGGAAUAUACGCAUGGUCUAUAAAUAUUAGCACUUGGUGAGGGGGGUACAUACAUUCGUGUAAGCCUAGCUGAAUAUUGGAAAGCUAAAGUCUAAAAAGAAAAGAAAAGAUAAAAAACAAAAAAAAAAAAAGAAAAAGAAAAAAAAACAUUUCUCUCAAAAUGCUUCCGUACUAAACUCGCAUGCUCGCUGCCUUGAACUAUAUCAAUUUCGAUGCGGCCUAAAUUAUGCUCGAAAUGUUCAGCGUGCAUGUAUAAAUGCAAAUGAGACUGAAAAAAUAACUGACGGUGACACACAGAGCAUUUACUUUUACAAUAAUGAGCGUUGUACAAAGAAAGUUGGUAUGAUGUAGCAUUAACAUGCUACGAUCUAUUUAGAUAGGUCAAAUCCGUCCCAUUGCUUGCUUUACUAUAAUGUGUAUAGUCCGCAGUUGGGACGGAAAUUACCUUUAUUCAUGAUUGUAAUAAAGCAACCAGUAUUUUAUAUUGUUUUCUGCUUACUUAAGAAUAUGGCAUAACAAUGUCUUAUAUAUAUCCCAGUUACAAAAGUGUACUUAAAACAUCAGUCGACCAAUUGCUUAUUUAUAAGGUAGUUAAUCGAAUAAUAAUUCAUAGUUAGUAAUACUUAGUUAGUAUGUAUCCAAUGGAAAAAAAGCGAUUAUAAAAGCUCAUAUUACACUUUUUAUUCUUUUACAUGACAUAACGUUACAUCCGUAAUAGAAUUAAAUUUCUUUAAAUCAGAGCAGGCACAAAUAUUCACUCAGCUUCAUAAAAUAGUAUUUACAGUGCGCUUGGCAGCUAAAUUACAAUAAAUGCAAAUAAACCUUUUGUUAGAAGAAACGGUAACUCUAUUAAAUUGCCAUGAUGCUCCAAUAGGUAUAAAUAUUUAGUUUACAAUAUUAUUACAAUGGCUACAUAAGUUUGAACUAAACAAAUUAUAUAGGCAAGAAAUAUUUCAUUUUCUUGCCUAUUUUUCACAACGGCAAUGCGUCUGAUAAAAGUUUAUUAAAAUGAUUUUAAUUAUGUAAACUUUAUUUUAAGUGGUAAACAAAGGAAGAAAACAAGAAUAAUGGUAAUGUUCAUUUCGUACGUAUCUCCGAUAAUAAUUAUGUGUGCUGUCAACACGUGAUUUGGAAAAGUCGACUUAUGUUUUUCGUAGAAAAAAAAAAAAAAAAAAAAAAAAAUCUUUAACAUCAUAGUCAUUAAUUUA